CCUGCUAUGAAGUCACAGCGGCAGAGUGUCACCUCUCUCCUUGCAGGACAUCUUAAUGGCCAAAGCCUCCAUAGCAGUGCAGUGGCAGCAACCUACAAGUACGUGAAUGUAUCUGAGCUUGAGAUGGACAUGAAGUCCGUGACGGACCGUGCAGCUCGGACCCUGCUGUGGACGGAACUCUUCCGAGGACUGGGCAUGACCCUGAGCUACCUCUUUCGGGAACCUGCCACCAUCAACUACCCAUUUGAGAAAGGCCCACUGAGUCCACGCUUCCGUGGGGAGCACGCGCUGCGCCGCUACCCAUCUGGGGAGGAGCGCUGCAUUGCUUGCAAGCUCUGUGAGGCUGUCUGUCCUGCACAGGCCAUCACCAUCGAGGCUGAGCCAAGAGCUGAUGGCAGCCGUCGGACUACACGCUAUGACAUCGACAUGACCAAGUGUAUCUACUGUGGUUUCUGCCAGGAGGCCUGCCCUGUUGACGCCAUUGUGGAGGUGAGUGGGCCCCGGCGAGGGGGCUAGC